AUGAUAAGGGGCGUAUUGAUUGAUUUGUCCGGCACUCUUCAUGUGGGUGGCAAGGUCAUCCCAGGUGCUGUGGAGAGUCUGAAACGACUUCGUGAUUCUGGCAAGAGAGUUCGCUUUCUGACCAACACCUCCACAAAGUCAACCUCUCGCUUGUGGCAAGAAGUCUUGGACAUGGGACUUUGUGAGACUACUUCACAGGGUCAAAUGGAAGAUAUGCUACUGACGAGCGUUCUGGCCACCAAACAAUAUUUGAUGAAACAUCAAAAGAGACCGCUUUGCCUGAUGGAGGAUGUCUCCGACUUUGAAGGAAGUGUCAACCUUUCGCCUCCUCAUGAUUGCGUGGUGGUGGGUUUGGCUCCAACAAAACUAAACUACGAAAAUUUAAAUCAGGCUUUUCGGGUCCUACUGAAGAAUGACUCGAAAUCAAAAGGUCCCACCAACAAUAAUAAGUUGAUUGCGAUUCACCGUGGCAAUUUCUUGCGGGAUGCCGAUGCCGAAUUGAGUCUGGGUCCGGGUGGUUUUGUCACUGCUUUGGAAGCCGCUACUUCUUCAAGUAGUGAUAAAACGGUCGUCAUGGGGAAACCAUCAACCGAAUUCUACCAGAGCGCCAUGUGGCCUGAUUUCAGACCAGAUGAGAUUUGUAUGAUUGGCGAUGAUAUUUUGGGAGACAUCCAAGGGGCCCAAACGAGUGGGAUUGGUACAACAAUCCUAGUUCGAACCGGCAAGUAUCGAGCUGAUGACGAAACAAAGAUUGAGACUCCACCAACAAGAGUCUGCAACUCGAUUAUCCAAGCCGUUGAUUUCAUUUUGGAAUCUGAGAAAACAAAAUGA